AUGAGUUGUGUACUUCGUCUUGUUGUGAUUCUCCUCUUGACGCUUACUAUUACAUCUUCAGCCCGUAGUUCCAUCUCCGUUUCAGGUAUUGGGAAGAUUGGAAGUGAAAGGAGGUCGUUGAUGGUGAGCGUUGAGGAUUACGGUGACCCCUCUGCAAACCCAAAACACAAUCCUGGCGUUCCUCCGGCAACCACCACCCAACGCAGCCCCGGUAGAGUUUGA